AUGCCUGUCGCCUGUCCUGAUAGGUUUCAGCAGAAAGCUGUGAAGCUUCUGGCUCAGGAGAUCAAGGCGUUCGCGACGGAGAGAGGUUCUCAGGCUUUGUCUGACAUUCACAAAGAUGUCUCUCGAAAUCGUUCGAAUGCUAUCUUGGCCACGAUGCUAGUACUGUGUAACGUGGAGACCGUAUGGCCAGAUUCUUCCUUCUGGCAAGUCCACCUAAAUGCAGCAAGAACAGUAAUAGCAUCGUCCAACGACUCACUGUCAUUCAAAGCACCGGAAGAUUCGACAUCAGAGUUCUUGGAGCAAGAGCUUUUCAUCGCAAAUACCUUUGCUUCGACAACGAACUUCCUCAAUUUCACUCUGCAUGAGGACUUCAAGCUCAAUCCUGCGACAUCAAAACCUAGCAGCAUCUUCAUCGAGUUUCUCAAACUACUCCAGAUGGUUACUAGUCUCGAGCGUCAAGCAAUGACCAACCCGGAAAUCCUUGCCAACUCUGGGGUGUCCCCUUCUGGACUGAGAAAACUGUUUGAACACGCACGGUCACAGACUUUAGCUAUGGACAAAACGUUCCAAAUUUCCGAAUCUGACGAUUAUGUCCAUAUCAGCCGUACAUCAAAUUGCUUUUACCAUGCUGGGCUGAUCUAUUCGUAUCGCGCGCUGUUGAAGAGCGAGUUUCUCGAUCUUGACUUGUUCACGGAGAAGGAAACCCAAAUUAGAACUUCUAAAUUCGAACUUUUUCACGCUCUUGGCUUCGCAGAGACGAACAAGCCGACAUUCGCACAAGAUUUGGUAUGGCCCUUGUUCAUUGCUGGAACUGAAGCAACACAGAAAGACGAACAAGACAUGGUCAUUGCGAAACUUCAGCAAGCCAUGUCAGAGACAGGCUUCUCGAACUGCCAACAUGCUUUGGAAUUUUUGAAUGCGUUUUGGGAAAAGAGGAACUAUAAUAAGGAGCAGGAACACAACUUGGACUGGAUAGCCUUUGCCAGAGAGUGGACAGGCCAGGGCAGGACCUUUUUGGUAUUCUAA